AGAGAGAAGAAAACACGGAAAUCGAUUUGGAAGCGAGUUUGUUUUGAUAUCGAACAGUCAUUGUGUCGACCAAGGAAGACACGAAACUUAAUACCGAAUUCGCAGUCUUCUGAAAAUGGCGAAACUACAGUCUUUGAGUGUAUUUGUUAAUGAACGUUUAACAGUGGCUGCUGUGGAGAUUUUUGACGUUGUAGAGAAAGUGGUAGCCAAGUACCAGGAGGAAAUUUCCCGAUCUAAAGAGGAGAAUGACCAGCUACGGAGACUUCUGCGGAUCACAACAGAGAUAAAAGAGGAGGAAACCCCUGAGCAGCAGCACUGUGAGCAGGAGUGGAGCCCCAGUUUGAUGCAGGAGAAACCAGAACCUAUACAGAUUAAAGAGGAACAGGAGGAAAUCUGGACCAGUCAGGAGGUAGGGAAGCUUCAAGGCCUGGAGGCGGACACCAUAGAGUUCAUAUUCACUCCUCCUUGUGUGAAAAGUGAAUGUGAUCUUACCCAAACCCAGACUGUGGAUGACAGAGGGAGUGACUUUAAACUGUUGGAUCGCAACCCUUUUGGCACUGUGACUCACAUAAAGGGUCUUGACAUUUCGUGUAACCCUCCAGAUAAUGAAGGUAAUACCUCCAGCCACAGCUCAGCCAUAAGCAGCGACCCGUUAGGACUUGACAGCAGCCCACCUUUGAGGAAACAUACAAAAACCAGCACCACGUCUAAAAAAACUCAUUGCUGCCUUGACUGUGGCAAAUGCUUCACUCAGGUUGGCCGACUGAAGAUGCACUCGAGGAUUCAUUCAGAGGCGAAACCAUUUAGCUGUGGAGACUGCGGGAACAGAUUUCAGCUGAAAGGAGAACUAACCAAACAUAUAGUGAUUCACACUGGAGAAAAACCAUUUAACUGUGGUGACUGUGGAAAAAGUUUCAAUCGCAAGCUUACCCUCAACAGGCAUAUACUGCUUGUCCACAAAGAAGGAACACAGUACGAAAAUGGAAAGAAUAAAGGGGAGAAGCCAUUUUGUUGUGGUGACUGCGGGAAAAGUUUCACUCGUAGGCAGACCCUGAACAGACAUAAAAUGAUUCACACAGGAGAAAAACCAUUUCAUUGUGGAUUUUGUGGGAAAGGCUUCAAUCGCAAGGAGACCCUCAUUGAUCAUAUCCAGAAUCACACAGGAGAAAAACCAUUUAGCUGUGGUGACUGCGGGAAAAGCUUCAACAGGAAGAGGAACCUAACUUCUCAUUUACUGACUCACACGGAAGAGAAACCAUUUAGCUGUGGUGACUGUGGGAAAAGCUUCAAGCAAAAGAGUGACUUAACCAAACAUAUAAUGAUUCACAUGGAAGAGAAACCAUUUAAGUGUGGAGAAUGUGGAAAAAGCUUCAAUUACAAGGUUAACCUCAACAGGCAUAUGCUGUUCAUCCACAAAGAAAGAAAACAGGAAGAUAGUGGAAAGAAGAAAGGCAAUUAAGACACAGAGAUCUUCUGUCAGGAGAUGAGAAUAAGAAGCAGGAUAUGGACAAGACUGUUAAGAAAGCAAAGCAGCUCUGGAUCAUUCAUCUUGUAGGUUUCAAAUACAUUGAUAUGUGAUUCCAUCUACUUUUGUAAAAUGUUAUUCAAUGUAAAUCAUGUUUGCUUUUAUUUGAAUAAUGAUCAAACAGUACAGUACAGGCUGUUGUUCAAAGUAUGGUGUGGAUGUUUUCACGUUGUUAGAAACAGCAGUUUCCCGGUCUCUUAAGGUGAUGAGAGAAUGGUGAGACUGACGUUAUUAAUACGUUCAACAUUUUGUAAAACAUUUUAAAGAACUACUAAUGAACUAAUAAAACAUUUUAUUAUGAA